AUGAUUGAGAAAAUGGAAGAACCAACACAUGAUACUACAUUUUAUAGUCCAACAUUCAAGAGAUAUGAGACUGUAACAUUUUAUGCCAAUUUAUUGGGCAUUUUAAAACAAUAUACGACGAUUGUCGAUCAAUGUCCAUCGACCAUUAGAAAGUUGGUCUGGAAUUACAUCUUUCAGCUGUUGGGUCAACCAGCUCGUGCCUGUGACCUUCCCUUUACACCAGUUGUAAACUCUUGGCUCUCUGAAAAGUCCGUCGACUUGAUGGACAUUGAAACAUAUUUUGCCGCCUUUACCCAGGCUCAAACCGACCAUCCAACCCUCUUCCCAGACUUCCCAUCAGUCUCUGCUGCCUAUUCCAUUCCAGGUAUUUCCAGUCCAAAUACAAGUGUUAGAAUUUCUAAACAACAAUUUUCAAAUCAAUUAAAUCAAAACCAAUCAAAUAAUCAACAACAACCAUUACAACAACAACAACAAAUAAUUAAUCAAUUACAACAACAACAACAAACACAACAACAACAAAAUACAAAUAAUAAUGGUAAUUUUAAUGGUAAUAAUAAUUUAUUUAAUUUACAACAAUUACAACAACAAAUAUUACAACAACAACAACAAUUACUUCAACAAAGUUUGGCGUCUAAUCAUUCGUCAAUUGUUGCUGGUAAUAUUGGGAGCACGAUCAAUCGUCUGCAACAACAACAACAACAAGUUGCAGCAGCUGCUGCUCAACAACAAGCCCUCUUGAUCCAACAACAACAAGCUGCAGCCGCUGCAGCUGCCGCCGCUCAACAAGUUGCCCAACAACAGGCUAUUGCUGCUGCCCAAGCUGCUGCCCAACAGCAAUUGGUCAACAAGAUCAUCUCUGCGCCUCCUCCAGCCCCAUCCAACGACUUUAAGACGCCGUCUGUAUGGUCGACCGACUUGGCCUCUGUCUUUGCCCAAUUGUCAUUGUUGCAACACUGGAGUGAAAAGUUGGAUCGACUCAAUCCCAAACAAAAGGAAGCUAUCUGGAGCACUUGCAAGAAUUUUACUUAUUUCCGUAAUUAUGACAAGUCAUCGUUUGCCAGCACUCUCCAACUAUGGGUCAAGGAUCUCGUUCCCCAUCUCGGACACAUUACCGUCUUGUUUGCUGCUAUUGGAUAUCUACGUGAAUUCAAUAUCAUCACACAUGAUUUCAAUUAUGCCAAUUCCGAACAACCAGUCUUUAACAAUUAUGGAAAUAGAUCCCAACAUCAACAACACCAACACCAAUCAUCCAUGGGUGACGAAGAAUAUGAAGAUGAAGAUGAAGAUGAUAGUGGUGCAGAAUACAACAACUCACCACCUCAACAAGACUUGUCUUCAUCUCGGUCACAAUCAAGAUCACAUUCCCCUAUUUCUUCUCCAAGACAACAAACCCAUCAACAACAACCUCAAACUCAACAAACCCAACAACAACAACCAAAGUCAAAUCCAAUUCCAAUUUCAAUUUCAAAUCCAAUUCAACAACAAGUAUCAUCACUUUCAGCUGCUACACAACACCAACUUAAUCUUUUAAAGGUACAAUUACAAAAUACCUCUUCUUCAAACAAUUUUUCUAGUACAAACACAACACCAUCGAUGCAACAACAAACCAACCGAAUUUCACCAAGUUCUUCGACCAUUUCUUCACCCAAUGCACCAUUUACCGAUACUUUACCAAUCCUCAGAUCACCUCUUGCCAACAAAUCCAAUAAUAACAAUAAUAAUAAUAAUGGAGGUGGAUCAAAUUACAUCUCACCUGUACAUACUCCAUCCCACACUCCAUUACAUCUUUCUCCAAGAGCCCAUUCUCCAACCUUUUCUCUGUUGCCCGGACUUGGAAGUGGCAGCAAGUCACCUUCCUCCUCGGCAUCCAUGUCCCCAAGCAUGGCUUUGAAUCUCCUCAGUACCGUCUCAUCUACAGUGGCAGCCGUCGAAAUGUUGACCGAGAAAAAGAGAAAGGUCGAUGAUUUUACCUCACUCAAUGGUAACAAUCUACUUCCAUCCAUCUCUGAUGAAUUCAAAAAGUUAAAGGAAACAGUUGGUGGAUUUGGUAACCCACAUUCUCGUCAUGGUAGUGCUGCCAACAGUAAUCAUAAUAGUGAUGAUGAAUCAGAUCAUCAACAUAACAAACAAUCGUACAAGGAAGAAGAAUCCAACUUUUCAUUCUCACCAACCAAAAAAGUUAAAAGUUCACCUCCACCUUCAUCACUCAACAAUAACAACAACAAUAAUGCAGUAGUUGAAAAUUCUUCAUCCAUUUUAAAAUUGAUUUCUUGA